UUCUGGCGACUUCGUAUGGAGGAGCAAAACUGGUGCAUAUGUGGUGACAAAUGUGAGGUGCAAGAUGUCCCAAUAGAAAAUGCCUGUUGCCAUGAAAAGGAACCAAUUUUGAGGAAAAUUGAGGCGUACAACGAGGAACAUGGCGGAAACAUUCGGUGCAUCACCGAACAUCCCGGGUUCCAGUCCAAUUGCCUUGAUGUGUGGGUGCUACAGACUGCCUACUCACAUUACAAGCAGCAAUAUCGGGCGGCAGUAGAUGGAGAAACAAAUGAGAAAUAUAGAUACGUUGCCUAUCGUCAACUCGUCAGGUGGUGCUGGGGAUUCCUUGGGAAAAAGAAUCGAGUGCCCCUACCAGCAUGUGCUUUGGAGAAGAUCCGGUUAAGAUUUUAUGUUCUUGGGGAUGCAGUUGGUUUCAAAUACCCAACAUUGGAUGACUAGAUUUAUAGAAUGUAUCACAAAGCAUUCACUCGUGUUUAUUCAUAUCACCCAGUCAUGCCAGUGUCAUGCAAUACUUGUGCCAUUGGAUUGUUCAUGAACAUGAAUCUCUAUAGAUUUACACGGAUUCAACGAGUGGAUUUUCGUGAAGGCUGGAUGUAACAUGAUUUGGAGUAUCGCUUGUGUCUUUCGUUGUAGCUGUCAACAGCUUCAGCCUUAUUAGGGUGAUCAUAUGAGCUACAGAGUGCUGGUGGUAUGUAGAUAUUGUUGUCCUCAAAGUCAAAGUCUUUCUCUCUGCACUGGCGCUGAACUUCUACCAUCAACUUGUCGACAUAACCUGAAAUGAAAGGAAAAUUUUAUCUUGUAAAGCAUCUGUCAAGCACGAACCUAUAUUCACUCUUUGUCAUGUCUCGCACUCUUUGAAAACUUAUAAAAACUGUCUUUUUGUCACUGUUACCUUACAUGUAUUCUAGAAACAAAGGGUGAUAUGAAUAAAGACUUGUAAAUGCUUUUACUUCAGUUUUGUACAGAAAGGCCUAGUGUACUGUAUGGAGUUUUUAGUAAAAGCAUUUGCUA